UGAGUUGCUGGCCGCGCAGAGAGAUUUUAACUUUACAUCGCGAGUUUUUUGUGCGGCCUUCGUGUUCUCGAGUGCGUUAAAAACGUGAACGAUUCUGCAGAAGAAAAUUUGGGAUAUUGUUGUCAAUCGGCCCGGAACGCGGUCUCGCGAUGGCUCACAACUAUAUUGUGACCGCUCAGAAGCCCACGGCGGUGACGGCUUGCGUAACCGGAAAUUUCACGACUUCAUCGGAUCUCAAUUUGAUUGUGGCCAAAAGUUCUAGGCUGGAAAUUUAUCUCGUAACGCCGGAAGGAUUGCGACCGAUCAAGGAAAUUGGCAUCAAUGGAAAGAUAGCGGUUAUGAAAUUGUUCCGCCCAGCGGAAGCCCAGAAAGAUCUUAUCUUCAUCCUUACUCAUCGCUACAACGCGAUGAUCCUGGAGUGCUCAGUCCAAGGCGACGAUAUCGAUAUUAUAACGAAAGCCCACGGAAAUGUAGCUGAUCGUGUUGGCAAACCGGCAGAGACAGGAAUCCUCGCCGUUAUCGAUCCGAAAGCACGCGUCAUUGGUAUGCGGUUGUACGAAGGUCUGUUUAAGAUUAUUCCACUGGAUAGGGACACCCACGAGUUGAAAGCUACCAGCUUGCGGAUGGAGGAAAUGCACGUGCAAGAUGUGGAAUUCCUCUACGGUACGCAACAUCCGACACUGAUUGUUAUCCAUCAGGAUUUGAACGGGCGACACAUUAAAACGCACGAAAUCAAUCUUAAGGAUAAGGACUUUACGAAGAUUGCUUGGAAGCAGGACAAUGUUGAAACGGAGGCGACUAUGUUGAUUCCGGUACCGACUCCACUAGGGGGAGCAAUAGUAAUCGGACAGGAAUCAGUUGUUUAUCACGAUGGUGACAGUUAUGUAGCCGUGGCUCCAGCAAUUAUCAAACAGAGUACAAUCAACUGCUACGCUAGAGUGGACAGCAAGGGUUUUCGGUACCUCUUGGGUAACAUGAUUGGAAAUCUUUUCAUGAUGUUUUUGGAAACGGAAGAAAAUAGCAAAGGUCAGCUAAGUGUGAAGGACAUCAAAGUAGAAUUACUGGGUGAGAUUACGAUCCCAGAAUGUAUCACCUACUUGGAUAAUGGUGUGCUAUUCAUUGGAUCACGACACGGGGAUUCUCAGUUGGUAAAAUUGAACACAACGGCUGGUGACAACGGAGCAUACGUAACCGUGAUGGAGACUUUCACUAAUCUGGCUCCGAUCAUUGACAUGUGUAUUGUCGAUCUCGAGAGGCAGGGACAGGGUCAAAUGAUUACAUGCUCAGGAAGCUACAAGGAAGGUUCGCUACGUAUCAUUCGUAAUGGCAUUGGCAUCCAGGAGCAUGCCUGUAUAGAUUUGCCAGGCAUUAAAGGAAUGUGGGCUCUUAGGGUGGGCAUCGACGACAGUCCCUAUGAUAAUACGCUCGUCCUGUCGUUCGUUGGACAUACGCGCAUUCUAACCUUGUCCGGGGAAGAAGUGGAGGAGACGGAGAUCCCUGGAUUCAUGAGCGAUCAACAGACGUUCUACUGCGCCAAUGUGGACUUUGGGCAGAUUAUUCAAGUCACUCCGUUAACGGCUCGAUUGAUUCAGUGUGACAACAAAUCGAUGAUCUGCGAGUGGAAACCACCGGAUGAUAAGCGUAUCGGAGUGGUUGCGUGCAACUCCUGCCAACUGGUGUGUGCAACUGCUCGCAACAUUUAUUACAUUGAAAUUGAGGCAGGAAAAUUGAUUCAUAAAAGCACCGUCACCUUAGAUUACGAAGUAGCUUGUCUGGACAUCUCUCCGUUGGAUGAAAAUGCGUCCCGAUCAGAGCUGGUCGCGGUCGGUUUGUGGACAGACAUUUCCGCCUGCAUUCUUCGAUUACCCAAGCUAGAAUUCGUGCACACGGAGAAACUGGGAGGGGAAAUCAUCCCUCGUUCGAUUUUGAUGGCAUGCUUCGAAGGUAUUGUCUACUUACUCUGCGCUCUAGGUGAUGGUUCCAUGUUUUACUUCGUGCUGGACAAACACACCAACCGCUUGACCGACCAGAAGAAAGUCACACUCGGUACACAGCCUACGAUUCUGAAAACGUUCCGGUCACUGUCCACAACGAACGUGUUUGCCUGUUCGGAUCGCCCAACCGUUAUCUACAGCUCGAACCAUAAGCUGGUGUUCUCCAAUGUUAACUUAAAGGAAGUGAACCACAUGUGUUCGCUGAACGCCGAAGCUUACCAGGACAGUUUGGCCCUUGCAACGAAGAACUCGGUGAUUCUGGGAACGAUUGACGAAAUUCAGAAACUACACAUUCGUACAGUACCUCUGGGUGAAUCGCCUCGAAGGAUCGCUUAUCAGGAAGCAUCGCAGACAUUCGGGGUUAUUACGGUUCGAAUGGAUAUCCAGGAUUCAAGUGGUCUAACACCUUCGCGUCAAAGUGCUUCGACACAGACGUCGAAUGUGACUUCAUCGAGCAACAUGGGCCUACUGAAGCCGGGUGCGAGUAAUACUGAAUUUGGCCAGGAAGUUGAAGUUCAUAAUUUGCUCAUCAUCGAUCAGAACACGUUCGAAGUUCUGCAUGCGCAUCAGUUCAUGCAAACAGAGUACGCAAUGUCACUGAUUUCGGCCAAGUUAGGCAACGAUCCCAACACGUACUAUAUCGUGGGCACCGCUUUGGUGAAUCCGGAAGAGCCAGAACCGAAGGUCGGUCGGAUUAUUAUUUAUCUUUAUGCGGACGGAGCGCUUACCCAAGUCAGUGAAAAAGAAAUCAAAGGAGCUUGCUACUCGCUUGUCGAAUUCAACGGGCGUGUUCUGGCAAGCAUCAACUCGACGGUGCGCCUGUACGAAUGGACCGACGAUAAAGAUUUGCGGCUCGAGUGCAGCCAUUUUAAUAAUGUACUGGCGCUUUAUUGCAAAACGAAGGGUGAUUUCAUACUGGUCGGGGAUCUGAUGCGAUCGAUUACACUGCUGCAGUACAAACAGAUGGAGGGCAGCUUUGAGGAAAUUGCUCGCGACUAUCAACCCAACUGGAUGACGGCGGUGGAGAUUCUGGACGAUGAUGCCUUCCUCGGAGCGGAUAACAGCAACAAUCUGUUCGUUUGCCUGAAAGAUGGUGCGGCAACUACCGACGACGAGCGACAGCAGAUGCCAGAGGUUGCCCAGUUUCACCUCGGCGAUAUGGUUAACGUGUUCCGCCACGGAUCGCUUGUGAUGCAGAACAUCGGCGAAAGAACGACGCCAACCAGUGGAUGCGUACUGUUCGGUACGGUCAGCGGUGCGAUCGGUCUUGUCACCCAGAUACCGCCUGAUUACUACGAGUUUCUACGAAAGCUGCAGGAAAAUUUGACCGAUACGAUCAAAUCGGUAGGUAAGAUUGAUCAUUCCUACUGGCGCAGUUUCCACACUGAGAUGAAAACCGAGCGGUGUGAGGGAUUCAUCGACGGCGAUUUGGUGGAAAGUUUUCUCGAUCUCAGUCGAGAGAAAAUGAACGAGGCUGCAUUGGCACUGCAAAUUGACGUGGACGGAACCAAGAAGGAAGCAUCGGUAGAUGAUAUAAUCAAGAUUGUAGAGGACCUCACCAGGAUACACUAGGUUCAGAUUUAGUUCACUUUCAUUGUCAGCGUUAAACUGAAGUCGCCAGGGAAAAACGCCUCCCGAACAGAAACUGUUAUUUGCGCGCAGUGUGAUGAAGUAUACCAGCCCUGUUUAGAUUCUUUGAUGUCGGCGACGAACAACCCAUGUACACAAGCACAUGCAACACAAGGUAAAUUCACAUAACCUUACUUUAUUCGUACACAAUUAUUUCCUGUGUGUGAGAUAAUAAAACAAGAUUCCAGUGAACGCACGGUUCACUAUAAAGGUUAA